CGGUAACUAGGCCCGUUCCAGCCCAAGCCGGCGGGGGAAACGGCAUUGUCCCUUCUUUCGCAUUGUCGCCCGCCGCCACCAGCCCGCGGUCGCGCAACCAUUCUCCCACUCCGGCGAGGUCCGGAGGCGGCGGCGCGACAGGGUUUCGCCGACUGCCGCGGGAUCCAGCGGCCAUCGCUGCCCCGGAAUAGGCUGGAAUUCGUCAAGCCCCUCGCCAAAUCCGCACGUCGCCAGAAAGUAGCUCCAAGUCGGAACCUGUUAACGCCGCCGCUGCCUUCUAUUCCUGGUGUCCUCGCUUGACUCCUUGGCAUCUGUUGCUGCCGCUGCAGCUGCUUGAAGGAGAUGUCUCCACGAAGCAGGAAAACAGCAUUCAAGCAAUCUAAGUUUGCUCCAGUUGGUUGCUUGAGAACAUAUUGCUGGUACAAAGAAGUUAGAAGAGCGCAACGCGCGGUGGACAAAACAUUGUAUGCAUUGAUGAAAGUGUUCGAUGGAAUGGAAAGGCAAGUAGACUAUCAGUCCCGUGACCCAGAUAUUGUAGAAUGGGAGAAGGUUGCACCAUUUGGAGGCAGGGUGUUCAGGGGAGACAGGAGCUCUCAGGACUACACAGAAUCUUGGACCUGCUUGUGUACUGCAGAAAAUGGACCCUCAAGGCGUCGAUUAUUUGACAUCCCUGCGCUUCAAUGCCGUUCCUGUGGUAGAGAGGCUGAAUUGGAUUUUGAUUUUGUGUACGAUGACACACUGCUCAAUGGUAAUCCCGCAAUUAGGAUGAUAAGGAACCAAAUUGGUGGACAUUGUGCUUCCUAUGCUUGGACAGCUGGAGCUGAAAUUGAUCAAACGAUUGAGGUUUCGUUGGAGGGGCAAAUGGAUGUCAAACUAAAGCCUCUUAUUGCUCAGGAUCUUGUAAAGAGACAUGAGAGAUUUAGAAAAAGGAUAUGUCGAGCCAAAGGUAGAUUGAAGCACUUCAAUUUUGAAGUUUCUGAUGAUGUGUUUAACAUGGAUGCAUUGAAAUUGGUGGGUGCUUUGGUAAAAGUUUAUGGAAUAAAACAAGAGGGUACUAAGAAAAGACACGAGAUUGGGAAAAGACACAAGAUUGAUGGUUGCACAGUGCUUGACAAGAACAAUUUUGCUGAAAUCUGUACAGCCAUUGCAGAUGGCCCUGUUAUUGCUACUUUCAGGCCUGGCAAGGACUGCAACGAUUUAGUAUGUGGGCAGGUGUACAAAGCCGCUGAUACUGAAAAGUUUCUCGCUGGGAAUUAUGAGGAUUUGCACCAUGCGGUUGUUCUGGUGGGGGCUGGAAGAAUUAAAAGAAAGAAAUAUUUCCAUUUCUUAAAUUCUUGGGGAGAAAAAUUUUGCAUGAAAGUUUCGGCAAAUGGGAUUAUUUUCCGUGGAGGAAUUGGUAUGAUCAGAGCUAAAGAUCUUAGUAGUGACCCUAUACACCUUAGGAGGAGAGCAAAGAUUUAGGCUUCUUUCUAAUGUCUUGUGUUGUGAAGAAAUAGAAGGAGAUUCACUCAUUUCUUGCUCUAGGAAUCAGAUGCUGGACAUUAUAACCAAGUGACAGUUAUGCUCUUUCAAGAAUUCACAAGCACUGGAUGGCCAUCGAGAAGUAAUGGAAUUAGGCUGAAAUGAGUAGCUAUGGAGUCUGUUUUCCAUUAGCACCUACUCCCUCCUUUCCAAAUUACUCGUCUCUAAAAUGGAUGUAUCUAGAACAAAAAUACAUCUAGAUACAUCCAUAUGUGCGACAAGUAAUUCGGAACGGAGGGAGUACUACUUAAUUUGUUUGUCCAAUUCUUGAGUGCAAGCUUGGUUUUCAUUUUUACUGAGCCUCAUUUUCAAAAUUUCCAUCGUGAGAUCUCCAUCCUGCUAUUUUCAACACAUUACCCCUCUGUUUUGAAUUGCUUGAGGAUACUAUUUAAUUUAGGAAAACAAGAAUUGACAUGAUUUUCUA